AAAUAACAAACAAAAAUGGAGAUUAACAAAUUUCUGGCCGUAGUCGUAGCCGUCGUGGUCCUCUACUCCGUCGAAGCGACGGCACAAGGAGGAAACCCUCAGUUGACGGCUUGUCUGCAGAAACUGCUGCCGUGUCAGCCGUACAUACAUUCGCUGAAUCCGCCUCCUCCGCCAUCGUGUUGCGGGCCGAUGAAAGAGAUCGUAGAGAAAGACGCACCGUGUUUAUGCAUCGCUUUUAACAAUCCGGAGGUGCUCAAAGCCCUAAACCUCACCAAAGAGAACGCUCUCCUACUUCCCAAGGCAUGUGGAGUUAAUCCUGACGUUUCACUCUGCUCCAAAAUAGCCACUCCUUCGCCUAUUGCGUCGCCGGGAUCAACCAAUGGAACCUCUUCCGCUUCAACUAUCAGCUUCAAUCGAUUUAGCUUUCUGUCUGCUUUUGUGGCAAUGAUCUUCUUCUGAUUAUGUCAUUUUUUAAUUUAUAAUUAUAUGUGUGAUGACUGUGUAAUUCGGUCAUCAGAAUGUGUUUAAGUAU